AUGUCUAAUGAAAAGAAAACUGCCACAUCAUCAAGAAGAUUCCUUAAUUUAUACGAAAAAGCACUCGCCGAACACAAGGAUAAAGCCAAAAGUGUAGUUGAAGAGGAAACAGGUGGAGAGGCAUCAGGAGUAAACGCGGAAGAGAUUUUCGAAGACGCUGGGAAAGAAUUCCGCCAGGAAGUCAUCAACGCAGGCGACAACCUUGUGGAACACGCAAGGGAGUUAGGGGAAAGGGGAAAAAUAACCACACAGGAGAGGAGGAAAUUUGCGGGAGUAACCGCUCCCAAAGGACCCCCCGAAGUCAGAAUUAAAGCCUUAAGGGAACAGAAGAAAGUAUUCGAAACCAAUAUAGAACUCGAAACAGACCCCGAAAGACGACAGAUUAUGCAAGAGGGCAGGGAUGUUGCCAAACAGGGUAUAGAUAACGCCAACCUAGAGAUGG